CUUAAAUAUCAUUUUAAGAAUUGCUUCAAGACUUGCCUAUCUUCACCAAGAUUCUAGGUUGAGAAUCAUUCACAGAGAUUUGAAAACCAAUAACAUUUUAUUAGAUCAUAAGAUGAAUCCCAAAAUUUCUUUUGGGUUGGCAAAGAUUUUUGAAGGAACACAAACAAAGGGGAUCACAAAUCGAGUGGUGGGAACUUAUAGUUAUAUGUCCCCGGAAUAUGCAUUAAAUGGAUUUUUCUCAGUCAAAUCCGAUGUUUUUAGUUUUGGUGUGGUGGUACUUGAGAUUAUAAGUGGAAAAAAGAACACUGGAUUCUUCAAUUCAGAAGAAGCUUUAAGCCUUCUAGGUUAUGCAUGGAGAUUGUGGCGAGAAGACAAGGCACUGGAUUUAAUUGACCAGAAACUCAGAGAAAGUUGGAAAACAGACGAAAUAUUGAAGUGCAUAAAUAUUGGGCUCUUAUGCGUGCGAGAAGACCCAGAUGAUCGUCCCACCAUGUCCAUGGUUAUUGUCAUGUUAGGCGGUGAAACUGUGACCCUUCCAACUCCCAAACCACCAGCCUUCAUUUUAAAAAGACGACUACUUGGCAUGCCUUCUUCUUCCAGCAGUAAACCAGAAACAAACUUAGAAAUUACAGUCAGUUUAGAAGGUCGGUAGACAUAGCCAAGAAAACCAUUAUUAUGCAUUUCAUCCUUCUCUAUAUAUCAUUCUU